CGUCAUUGUCCUCUAACUUUCGGACGAAUUUUUCUUCUAUUAAAUUGUUAAUUAAUCGUUUCGAAGGGAAAGCAUAGGAAUUUGGAAAUCCCAGAUGAGAACAGCAGACAUCGGUCUCCAUGGACAACCCAGGGGCGGUGGCUACGCUCCGCUGCAGAAAGUGUCGUAAAGGCUUUGUAGACACAACAUGCCUGCAUCCGAUAGUGCCUGAUGAUGACACAACGGCAGCAGGUACAUGCAGUGUCUGGCACAUGAACGUUGAUACACUGCCAGAGUGGAUACUGACGUCAGUUCACCAGGCCCAGUGGACAGUGGGGAAGCUGAACUGCGAGAACUGUGGUGCUCGCCUGGGUGGCUUCAACUUUCUCAACAACACCAAAUGCCCCUGUGGUCAGGAGUCCACCGUGCACCUUAGCAAGAGUCGGGUCGACCAGGACCAUAAACGCUACCUUCAUGUGGUCAGACCGCAGACGACGAGAGGUAGGGGAGGACCGGGCUGCCUGAAGGGCGAGUCGGGGGGUUCUCACAGUGAGCAGGACAGGUCAGAGGUCGGGGAAGACUUUCUGGUUGGCUCACAGCUCUGCUGUACUUCUGUGUCCCGCCUUACCGCUGAGAGCCGACCAAUCACAACACACCCAGAUGCAUUUUUCCAGUUGGCUGACAUCAGAGCCACCCAAUUAGUUCCAUUGAGCUCCCCCAGCAUUGUUUCUCAUAUGAAGUCUGGUGCGAGAGGCAGGUUGGAACCCUCCUGUAGCUCUGGCUCCCAGACUGGCCCUGUAGAAGUGACUGAGGGAGAGGUGAGGACUGGGACAGAGCAGCUGCCCCAUUCACCUGUUGUGUCCUACACAUCUCAUCUAUUUGCAACUAGUAUUAUUAGGUCACCUACCUGCUUAUCACCUCUGACUAGAGAGGCCCCUGGUUCUCAUCUUAUCUCCCUGAGAGGGCCAGGUGUCUCCCACAUCCCUGGAGAGCAGGAGGAGGAGAGAAGGGGAACCCCCACAGAGCUCCAGGCCCAGCUAGUAGCCAACAAUGCUUCUCCAGCCAUACAAAGGUUCAGCAAGAGAGAGAAGAACCGGCUGAAGAGCCAGAGGAGGAAACAGAGGAAGAAAGAGCGCUGGCUCCACUCCCAGGAACAGAGUGUGACAGGGCUGCUAACAGACAGUGAGGAGGUGGACAGAGAAGGCUACACCUGCGCUGUGUGCCUGGAUGUCUACUUCAGUCCCUAUAGCUGUCACCCCUGUGGCCACAUCUUCUGUGAGCCCUGCCUCCGCACGCUGGCCAAGAACCGGCCGGCCAACACCCCCUGUCCCCUCUGCCGCACCCUCAUCUCACACACACUCUUCCAGAAAGAGCUCAACCAGACAGCUAAGAAUUUUUUCCCGAAGGUCUACCACUCACGGAAACACAACUUUCAAAAAGCCAACUGUGCUAAAUGGCCUCUUCCCAACUGCCGAAAACGUUUCCGCAUCUUUUGGGGGUACCAGGGGCAGGUGGCUCCAGGGAGGUGGUGGCACUUUGCCCCAGCAGGCUUCGCCCUGGAUGCCUUGGACCUGGCCGACAUGCGCGGCUGGUUCUUCGAUAUUGACCUGGUCAUCAUCUACAUCCACUCUGUCAACUGGAUACUGGCCCUGCUGGUUCUUUGCUUUCUAGCAUACUUCUUCUUGUCUUGAGUGCUGUUCGUGUGUUUAGCCAGUGAUGGCUGACCUCUAAAAAUGGUACAGCUGGGGUUUCUGGGUGAUGUAGUAUUGUGCCUAAUAGUGCUUACUGCCAGGUAACUCACUUGUCACCUCCAUAUGUUAACUGGAAUCAUGAGCAGUCUUGAGUGGAACUGGAACUGUGAGGUGUUUUUUUGUUGCAGUUUUGGAGGUCAUAUAUAUAGAAAUACUAGUACUCACAUGAAGUUGUGUAGAUGGGCUUAUUUCAUAUUUUGUGAGAGUUUUACCCAAAAUGUUUUCACUGUAAAUCCAAAAUUGUUUUAUGAGGGGUAGAAGUGUAAUAGAAGUGAAAACGAAAGACCAAUAAUUAUUAUUGUUUAAAAAAAAAUCAGGUUAGGAAAUGCACAGAGAUCUAUAAUAAUAGGCCUAUUUUGACAGAUGUAUGACCAGUGGGCCCGCUCUGUCAAGGACUUCCCUGAGGUCAUCAACAUGAAGGUAGCAUAAUCACAUACAGUACCAGUCAAAGGUUUGGACACACCUACUCAUUCCAGGGUUUUUCUUUAUUUUGACUAUUUUCUA